UCUUUCACUCUAGCUCCCAAGUUUGUGUUGUGACAUUUAAUCGAACAUCUUCGGCUGUUUCAGCCGCGCUAGAUAUGAUCACCGAAAAGAAAGCAGCUAAUGCCAUGGGAGGCAACACGGCGCGAGCCUGCGACAGCUGCUUGGUGAAGCGGGCUCGGUGGUUUUGUGGAGCUGAUGAUGCUUUUCUUUGCCAGAGGUGCGAUGCUUCUGUACACUCGGCGAACCUCUUGGCCAGCAGACACGAGAGGGUCCGUCUCAAGUCUUCAUCUCACAAGGUCAGUGAUCACUUGGCAAUUGAACCUCCGGUCCCAGCUUGGCAGCAGGGCGUGACGCGCAAGGCACGGACUCCCCGAGGCCAUGGGAAUCAUAAGAGCGGCAAAGAUGAAGCGGGGAAGGCUCUAGGGCAGUCUAUGCCUUUUGUGCCGGAGAUUGGGAGUGAAGAAGUUGACUACUGUUGCCUAGAGGAUGAUCAUGAGAGUGAAGAUCUUGAGCAGCUGCUUUAUAGAGUCCCCAUAUUUGAUCCUUUUGAAGGUGAGCUUUGCAAUAACAUGACAAAUAUUGAUCAUCAUAAGGUAAAAAUGGGUCAUGAAGAUUAUGGAGCUCGGACUAGUAGCACUAGCCCCUGCGACGAGUUGGAUAACUUUCAGGGGCUAAUUCUACCUUCGGAUAUGGAGCUCGCGGAGUUUGCUGCUGAUGUUGAGAACAUGCUUGGGAAGGGACUUGAUGAGGACUGCAGUGACAUCAAGGGGUUGGGACUACUGGAUGAAACGAAAGAAGAAGAGGACUAUGGCAUGGAUGUUUGUAUUGGCAUUGAAGAGAGGAAGCUAGUGAAGAUUGAAGAGGAAGAUCAAGGAAUGGAAUGUGAAUUCAAUCCUUCAAUGCUGGAUUGGAACUUGGAUUAUGAUGAUGAGUCAGCUGCGGUGUUGCUUGGGGGAAGUACUAGUACUGAUCAGGAGGAGGAGGACAAGGUAGCGGUGCUCAUGGAGGCUGAGAAGAAGAGGAAGAAGAUAUGUUUGAGGCUGAAUCAUGAGGCAGUCAUCAGUGCCUGGGCAAGCAAAGGCUCUCCGUGGACCACCGGAGUUAAGCCGGAGCUCAACCCCGACGAUGGCUGGCCCGACUGCAUGGGCGUAUGGGGCACAAAUCAGAUUAUGAAUUUGCAAGGACAUGGAGAUAGUAGUGCAGCAGCUCACAGGAUGGGAAUGAGAGGCGAUACUGAGCAGCGGCCAGGAAGAGAAGCAAGAGUAUCAAGGUACAGAGAGAAACGGAGGACACGAUUGUUUUCAAAGAAGAUUAGAUACGAAGUGAGGAAGCUCAACGCAGAGAAGAGGCCUAGAAUGAAAGGUCGAUUCGUUAAGAGAACCUCGUUCCAGACGGGAAUGGGGACUAGUUCUACUACUACGGCUUCGAAUGCACCUCACUACCAGCAGCAGCAGCACCUCAAAAAAUAACAGUGCUGCAUUUACUAGGGACUGAUCAUGAUCAACUCCCAAUUCUGCUUGUUUUGUGGCAAAAUUGGACUGACCGAUUGAUUGAUGUAUGCAUGCAUGGCCCAUAUAUCAUAGGAUGAUAUAUCAUAUUCUAUGAUAUAUCAUAUAUAUAUGGCGUGCUUUACAAUAAAUGAAGUAUAUAACUUGGU